GCCAUCGCGUAAACAUUGCAACACGUUUCGGUUCGCCUUCCGGUUUCUCGGGGCGGGAUAUUCCCAGCAGGUAGGUAUUCGCCGUCCCAGAUAGGGUAAAAGAAAACAAAAGAAGACAGAAGCCAGCGAAACCCAGAGAACCAGUCCCCCCUAUGUUGUUGUGGCCGCCGAGUGGCCGUGCAGCCGCUGUCGCAAGGCCGCAGGGUUCAGUGACGUGGGGCGCCCUGCUGCGAGUACUUGUCCUCGGAGCGCAGAGUCGGUGCGUCAGCGCCAGUUCCCGGCGGACGUCCGACACGCCAGGGUGUGAUACUUGGACGGAGAGCAAAGAUCCGAAGACCGGCGACAUGUCGAACGGAAGGCCGGACGACUUCAGCGUUCACUCUGCGCACAUUCAAGAGGUGCACGACAUCCCCGUGGAAGUCCUCAUCAGGCCUCUGACUCCUGUCUUGGACGAAGAGAAGGUGGCAAGUUUGGUCGAGGCACUCAAGGACCCCGCCAAGCGAGACGCCGUGCCCCCCAUCGACGUGCUGUGGGUGAAGGGACGUGAGGGAGGCGACUACUACUACUCCUUUGGAGGCUGCCACCGCUACGAGGCCUACAAGCGUCUGGGACUGGCCACGGCUAGGGCCAAGUUGUUCCACUCGACCGUCAAGGACCUCCAGUCCUACCUGGGAGCGUCCACGCCGGACCUCAAAUGACCACCUGUCCUCGGCCCAGACUCAAAAAGAUGGGAUAACACCAGGCCACGGACAUGGAGUCACUGUCGCUUUUGUUAUGUAUUGUGAAUGCGUGCUUGAUCAAUGUUUCGUUUGACCUUUA